AUGUCUCCAUUGAUCCCGGCCUCCGAUUCGGAUGCCAAUGCUACGCAAAAUGUCACUGGCAAUGAGGAUAAUUCGCUGGAAAUGAUCCAGUCGAGCAGGUCCAGAAGACAGGAAGAGACAGGUGAAGCAGGGGACGGAUAUGAAGCAGCGCCUCUGUCAGAGCUUCUCGUCCAAGCUCCUGCCGACUGGAGGGAAUCACAGCAGCAAAUAAACGGCGCAGUAAUGUACGGUGGUGAGAGAGGUACCGAGGGGUCCAAUGUUCCCCUCGCAGAACUCGUCGCGGGGCCGCCUGCUCCUCGGUUAUCUCACACAUCCACUCGACAGCGGCCACCAUCGAGGCGCCCUUCGGCCGUCAGCAAACGGGAAGAGGGCCCUCCACCAGUGUCCAAGCUCGCGACAAAGCUCUAUACCAUUUCAUACCUCAUAUUCUUCUCCAUCCUUGGCACCUUGGCACGUCUGGGACUGCAGGCAUUGACUUUCUAUCCCGGUGCGCCGGUCGUGACGGGCGUGUUGUGGGCAAAUGUCGGCGGUUGCAUUCUGAUGGGCUUCUUCAUCGAAGACAGGAAUCUUUUCCGGGAGGAAUGGGGUGCCAGCGGGAACGAGCCUCCAUCAACCGAUUCAGGUGCUGAUGUCAUGGCUGCAUGGAUCAAGAAGCACAAGACGGUCAAGAAGACCAUUCCGCUCUAUAUCGGCCUGACUACUGGAUUCUGCGGAUCCUUUACCUCGUUUUCCAGCUUCAUACGCGACGCGUUUCUUGCGCUCUCGAACGAUCUGCCCAAUCCGUCCGCGGGGACUACUGGCGCGAUUUCCCGCAAUCGCGGUGACAGUUUCAUGGCCGUCGUCGCCGUGAUUAUUGUUACUGUCUCCCUGAGCAUGUCGUCGUUGUUCUUCGGGGCCCAUCUCGCAAUCGCGCUGGAUCCAUGGACGCCCGUCGUUCCGUUCCGGUUCACUCGAAAGGUUCUUGACCGUGUCGUCGUCCUCCUCGCCUGGGGCUGUUGGCUCGGCGCCGUAUUCAUGGCAAUCUGGCCGCCAGAUCGCAUGCACACGGAAGAGACAUGGCGUGGUCGGGCAAUUUUCGCGCUUGUUUUCGCUCCACUCGGCUGCCUGCUCCGGUUCUACCUGUCCUUGUACCUCAACGCGCGCCUCCCAGCUUUCCCUCUGGGGAUUGGAGCAGCACAAGUAAUUACCUCGAAAUCCCUCCUGACGAGCUGCCAGGUAUUGCAGGGUGUCAUGGACGGCUUCUGCGGCUGCGCCACGACGGUGAGCACCUGGGUAGCAGAGCUGCAUGGUCUGGGAAUGCGACGGCACGCCUAUGUGUACGGCGCAGCCAGCGUGGGCAUUGCACUGGCAUUCCUGGUCGUCAUCAUGGGAAGUUUGAAAUGGACAAUUGGAUUUGCGAGUCCGUGA